UCCUAAAAAACAGGCAAACACUUCUCCUUCAAGUUAGCACCAACCCAAACAAGCAGGAAACAGGAAAUGUUCACGUUUCAGGGAGGCUGAAGCCAGCAAAGCAUCGUGCAGGAGGGAGAGCCGAGGCAAGAGAGCUGACAUGAAGUCUCCCUGGGCUGCCCUCAUCUCUGCCCUGGUAAUCGUGUUUCUUCCCACUGGCCGGGCUCAGGAUAAUUCUGAAACAGAAGAAUCAGCAGAUCUACCCCAGGAAGUGGGAAGUAUAGAUGAAGAUACUAUUAUUACAAGUACAAUUGCUGCACCGAUCACAGAAACAUUAAUUGAAAAUACGAAUUCUACCCUCUUUGAGGAAGAGGAUAAGCAGCUGGAGUUUAUAUUAAUGGUAUUGAUCCCGUUGAUUUUAUUGGCCCUCCUACUCUUAUCAGUGGUACUCCUUAUAAUAAACUAUAAAAGAAAAAAAACUAAACAAGUGCCUUCUAGCCAAGGAUCUCAGAGUGCUUUACAGACAUAUGAGCUGGGAAGCGACAACUUGAAAGUCCCUAUUUUUGAGGAAGACACACCCUCUGUCAUGGAAAUAGAAAUGGAAGAGCUUGAUAAAUGGAUGAACAACAUGAAUAGAAAUGCCGACAGUGAAUGUUUACCUACUUUAAAAGAAGAAAAAGAAUCAAACCACAACCCAAGUGACAAUGAAUCCUAAAAAUGAAUGGUGCUAAUGUUUUCCAAGAGAAGCCGCCCAGGAGGGAGACCACUGGGCGUGCCAACAGAGGAUGAAGAGGAUACAAAUUUAAUUAAUUUCAAAUCAAUGUAGACACAAGAACCUUUGGCGGCUGCUUCCAACACCCACUGUUCCUACCGAUGUCGUCACCUGUUCUUGGAAGAAUGUGCGAUUGAGAAGCAGGAGGACAAAGCCUGGCCGCCGUGCAUCGCUGAGGGUGGAGGAGCCGUAGGAUCCAUUCACCUUUCGUCAGUGGGUGUUUCUUCCUCUCAGCCAGCCUCUAGCUGACCACUCUCACUCCAGCCAUGCUCUCUACAUCCUUAUUCCCUUUCCGCUCCGUUCCUCGGGGUUUCCAUCAGGAAGCCGUUUUAUCUAUGGUUUGCUUCUAGGUCACCUUGUUACCUAAUUAGCUGUGGACAAUUUCCUCUGAUUAGUCAGGUCCUUUGAUAGGUCAGCUGCCUUCAGCAGGAAAUUUUCUCAAGGCCAGUAUGUCAUGGAAAAGACAGCAAACAAAGCAAGUGUUUGACUAUGUACACCAUUCCAGGAGGUGGAUAAGCUCGUUUCUACCAGGGUGCCAAGAAGCCACAGUGAGAGUCCACAGUCCUGAGGAGAUGUUUGGUGCCUCGUGGACUCGGAUUGGCCAGAUCCAGUCCCCCCGCCGUGGGCACUUCUCAGAGGAAUAGGAAUCUUCAGAGAAAGAGCAAACAUUUUCCUUCUCAUCUAAAAUCACCUACUUGUUCACAUUUCCCCAAAGCUCCUUCUUGUUCUCACCAUAGCUCCCUUGCAUGUGGUAUGUGGGUAGGGCACAAGUGGGGGGUUAUCUGUCACCCUUGUAUGUCUCUGAGACCUUUAAGGUCAUUUGAAACAAACCAUAGGAAUAGGAAAUAUCUGUGCCUGUCGCAGAUGUCACUUAAAGAACUCAGUACUCUUUCCUGCCAAGCUGGGACAAGCCUCAUGCUCUCCUCAACACAGCUCUUUGGGUCACUACUGGCCCAUCAGAGAUGAUAUUAUGCUUGAUUUCUACAUGAUAUUUUUUGACAUCCUCGUGCUAGAAGCAAUGGCGCAAAAGGCAGAAGUUCCUGUUUAUCACUCCCACUCACGUACGCUCGGUCUCCCUUUUAUCCUUAAUGUUCUAAUUCUGAUCUUUAAAGCAAUCUAGGAUAUGGGGAGUCCUCAGGUCUUCUACGAUACCUGAUAUUUUAUUCCAGUAUAGAAACAGAGAAUGAAAACUUCAUUUAUUUUACUCCUUCACGUAUAAACUGAGGGGAGAUGAGGUUCACCAGACAUUUGCUGGUCGAUUUUAGGUGUUGUGUUUGAAAGGCUGCCUUAAUGCAUAGCAAAAGCUGCCCCCACCUUCCUUUCAGAAUCCCUUUAACCAGUACUCGCUUUCUGAACUAUGCCUGUAAUUUUAAAGGCAGAGUUUCAAAUCAGGGAGGUCUUUCCACACAGUGAAAGAUAAAACUGUCUGGUUGUGUUGAACCACUGCUAUUACGCUAUCCUGGCACUGCACAAAGCUUUAGCAAAAGACAGCCUUUAUGCUAUCAAACUUCAACAGAUUUAUCUGUCAUAGCCUCAUUAGGAUGUCCUAAUACGGAAUUUUUGUUUUCACUGCUGUUUGCAUGUUCAUAUGCAUCUUGUGGUCCACAGUGACUCUCAGAUAUGUAUGCCAAAAUUGCCACUUUCUGAAUCAUCAUUUCUGCCUAUUUGGUUACUUUAAGUUUAUUUUCCAUCAACAUUUGACUCUCAGAAGAGUCUCAGCUUUUUUUCCUCUCUCUAGAUAGCUAAGAUUUUUGCUAAACACUUAAGCCUGUAAACUUCACCCAACUUUAUCAAACAAUGGACUUGAGGAGUUCUGAGUGGUAUAAGAGGUCUUGGAAUCUCACUUUGAUAAAGCAAUAUUUUAUAUGAUAAAAGUACUCUCAUUCAAUAUUUAAAAUAACUUCAAAUUCCAGAAGAAGCAAACUUCAGUAACCUAACAUGGAGUUUAUAUCUGAGAAAUAUACUAACCUCUAUCAUUGAACAGAGUACAAGGCACUUUUUAAAAAGAUAUAUGAAAUUAGUAUGGAUCCAAACAGUCAAGGGUCGAUUCUAGCACUGUGUAUGUUUUUCAAUUAUCAUCCAGUCAAUAGACAACAUAGAUUUAUGAUAAUUUCAAAACUUUUUUAAGUCAAAACUUAGUUUUAUAUUUCAGAUGAUCAUUAGUAAAAAUCUCAUUAAUUAGUCCUAAUUGGAUUGCCAGUCAGAGUAAAAUCUGACUUUAGAAUAUUUUAAAGAUAUAUGUUUUAUGACAUUUUUGUAUAUUUUAAGUGUAUUGCCUAGUUGAACUUCUCAGGAAAUUUUUUUUAAUAAAUAUGUAAAAAUAUCUAUCUUAACUCAAUGAUCAGACGGUCAUUGUCAUCCAAAUACAAGCACACAACAUAAAUAAACCUUGAUAUCCAUGGGGUGACAGAGGCUUCUGCUGAUCACCCUUUUAGCUCUAGCAAUGCAAAUGGGUUCUUAAAAAAAACAAAACUUUUGUCUAUUCUUUUAUUUUGGUUGUUGAAACCCUCAGUUUGCACCAGCUCUGGAAGAAGGCCCUUAUGUUGAGUAAACAUAAAAUGCAGACUUUAGUUUCAACUUCUGUCUUAAUGAGUACAGAUUCUGAAUGUAGUGGAGUGAUAAGACAUGGUUUCACACUGGGGGGACCCUGCUGAAAUUCUCAUUGUGGGGAAAACAUUGAAAUUUUCUACUGAACAAAUUUACACAUGGUACUUUUUCACACUCAGAAGACACUCAGGAUGAAUGCUGGGGUUUUUAUUUACUAUCUACAACAGACAGAGUACCUUCACUCACAGACUAUAUUUCUUCAAUCUUAACAAUAACCAGAAGAGUCACUGUAUAUUAGUGUGGAGUGAAAUUAUAGAAUUGGUUAUUAAUAAUUGCAUAACCCAAACAACCAAUAGCCUGAAUUAUUAUUAUUAUUAUUAUUGUUAUUAUUAUUAUUACUAUUAUUUGAGCAGGUCUUUGACCUUGCCUUGAUACUGUCUUGUCUGGUCCCCCAAUUUUUUCCUUUUAGUCCUCUUGGGGUUGGUUAUUUGUAGAUACCUGGUGGGGUUUGUUUUGUUUUUUGCCCUAUUACCUUUUCUAAAUAAUAUGUCAUGUUUAUGAGACAACAAUCCAUACAAUUAUAAAAAAUAAAACUUUUUUAUAAACUCUAUAGAUGCUUUAAGCUCUUUUUGAAAUGAUAUUUUAAGAAAUUAAAUUACUAAAGUGCUUACAAUAACAUAAAGACUUUAAUUUCAGUUCCAUAAAAGAUUAGAAAUAUAAUGUUGAACUGUUUAAAACAACCAAAGAUAGCUAGGUUUUUUGUUUGUUUGUUUGUUUUACAAUUAGACUUCAGGUGCAGAGGUCUCUGUUACCAUACUCCUAAAUUCACACCACAUUAUCUUCAUUGGUGUUUGGUACUUUAUCAAUAAGUAAUUGGACUUUUUACAAAAAAGCAUACUCUUCACAUUUUUCACUUCUUUGGUCAGCAUGGAAAGGACUGAAUGAAUGAUAUGUGGAUACUACAAAUAGUAAGCAACAUGUAGAGAUCAGAGUAAUCACCGUAUGACUCUGACUUAGGUGAAACCCCUAAAAUUAUAAAUCACACCAGGAACAUGUGAAAACUCUGCCUGUUUAAUAAAUUCCAGCUUUCAGAAAGGGCAAGGAUUGAAGUUAUUCAAUAAGUUAAAAAAAUAAUCUGGUAGAUCAAUAAUAAUUUAAUAUGUGUGUAUCUUGCAUUUAAAGUUGUGAGAAUAAUGUAAAAAAACAACAACAACAACAAAAAUCCCCACUGUAUUAGACUCUCCUUUUACAAGCAAAGUAAACGUUUUCCUCAGGAGAUCAGUAAGAUUAUCAGAUGUCGUAUUUAUCACUAGGCUUUUGUCCCGGCAACAUAUAAAUUCUACUUUGUAACUUCAUAUAAGAAACAGUCCCAUUGCUGCUGAUUAGAACUGAUUUGAAAAAGUAUCAGAGUUUUAACACUGAUUGAAGGCUUUAGGUUUUUUCUUCCAACUUGCAUGC